GUCUGACGUCAACCGGCAGCGAUGGUCGCCUUCGCUUCGCCGCUCUUCUGGCAGAUCCACUACCUCAUUACGAGCCUAAGUAAGAAGAACUUCAAGACGCAUGUAGCCGAGCUCAACCAGCUGGUCGGGCUCUAUGGCGAGGACGCGCGCGUGUACCUCCUCGGCUGCCUCGUGCGCGAGAUCGACUUUCGCGACACGAAGAGCCACAAGGACUCGCUCAAGGUGCAGCUGCUCACGCAUGAGAUUGGCCAAGCCUCGACCAAGCCCAACUUUACCACGUACCUCGUGCACGCGAUCCAAGGCGACGGCCAAGGCAGCGUCGUCGUGAACGAAGAGUUUCUGUUGCAUUUCUGCAAGGUCGUCAAGCUCAGCUUGCCGCAGCAGAUCACGAUUGGCCUUGCGUUUGCCAACGUCGAAGCGCGCAGCCUCGCGAUGGAGGCCAUCUCGUUCCUCAAGACCAAGCUCCCGGAGCUCGCGAUGGCCGGCGCCAAGCUGCCUGCCGACGUGCUUCACGGCCUCGUGUACCUCCUCCGCACGGACGACGCGUUCCAAAUGGACCUCGCGCAGACCGACUCGUUCCUUGCGAGCAUCGCGGCCGUGCACCCGACCGAGAUGUCGAGCCUCGAGCUCAAACCGCUCACGCUCGGCAACGUCGACCUCGUCGACUGCCUGGAUGCUAGCGCCAUCUCGGACGCGCUUCUCGACGACGUCCUCGGCGCUUGUACGUUUUACGACCUCAUGGAGGACGUGGGCUACAGCUGCACGGCGACGCCCAAGGCCUUCCGCGGACUCCUCGCCGAGGCGGGCUUGGAAAACUCGCCGUCGAUCCCGCCGGGCCACGUCGCCGGCAUGCUCUCGAUGCUCACGCGCACCUUCAAGGGCUUGCCUCUCGACGGCGCGGUGCUCAUCUCGACCUUGCCGUCGUACGAAGAUGCGGAUACCGCGGUCGUCGACGCUCCGCUCGAGACGUGGAACAUUGAUGUGAUCGCCGACGUGUUUGCAAAGGAUUUUCCGUCCAUCAAAUGGCCAAAAGUGCAGGAGAAGCUCGACCGCGACGACCUCGACGUCUCGGACCCGGUGCGCUUCCGCGUGCUCUUGAGCUGCUACCAGCUCAUUUCGCGCACCAAGUUUCGCGUGCUGCCGCUGCUCAAGCCGUGGAAGCACAAGCGCGUCCAUUUGCAGCUGCUGUCGGCGGCCAUUGGCGCGCCGCCCGAGGUCGUCAACUUUGCCGACUCGCCCAACAAGCUCGCGCCGUUUGAAGGCGCGGACGCGACCGGCGCCCCGAAGAACGGCGCGUGGUUCUCGCUCGAUGUCGUCGAAUCGCUCCUCCUUCUCGGCCAAGGCGACGGCUAUAGCGACGUCAAGGCGCUGUUGGACGCGGCGAAAGCGGCUUGUCCCGACGUGCUCAUCGCUAACCUCGCGCACGCCACGUCGCGCUGGAACGGGCUGCGCGAAGAGCUGUUCUGCGACCUCUUUUACUUGUACGUGGCCGGCCGGCCGAAUGCAGCGCUCAUUGUGCGGUACCUCUACACGGUCGACCCGAAGCUCGUGCUCUAUGCGUGCGUCAAGUGCUGGCUCGGCGCGCCAAACCUCCUCGGCCGACUCUUUUCGCUGCUCCGCAACACGGCCGACGCGUUUGCGAGUAUGCUCAGCAGCAACUUCUACUCGUUUGGGCUUGCGCUGGCGGUCAUGGGCGCCAACCACGACGUCCUUGCGCUCGACAGCUGGCUGCUCGAGCGCCUUGGCUCGGGCGCAACGACCAACGUGCCGUUUGCGACGUCGGUCGUAGCGUUUGUGCAUCGGCAGUACGCCCGCGCGCUGCCCAAGGUGCAGCUGACGCCGGCGACGAGCGGCGCGCUCACGGUCGAGUCGCUCGCGGUGACGCUCAAGGCGCUGCUGUCGCUCUCGCUGCCGCCGGCGCUCGCGAUGGAGGUCAAGAACGUGGUCGCGCUCUGCGCCAAGGCGCACUCGAUCCUCAAGGAGCCCGAGCCGGUCGCGGCGCCGAGCGUCGUGUCGCCGCAUGGCGUCACGGUCGAGAUGAUUGAAGAGCAAGCGAACGCCUACUUCCAGCAAAUCUACACGUCGGAGCAGAACAUCAACGACGUGGUCGCGAUGCUCAAGCGGUUCCAAGCCUCAAAGGACGAGACGGAGCGCCAGAUCUUUGUGUGCAUGGUGCACAAUCUCUUUGACGAGUACCGGUUCUUCCCGCGGUACCCCGAGACGGAGCUGCGCAUCACGGGCGUGCUCUUUGGGAAGCUCAUUGAGCACCAAGUGCUGCCGUCAACGUUCCUCCAGACCGCGCUGCGCCUCGUGCUCGAGUCGCUUCGCGAACCGACGACGUCCAAAUUUUUCUUCUUUGGUGCGUGCGCGCUGCAGCAGUUUGUACCGCGGCUCCGCGACCUCCCGGCCUACUGCGCGAACCUGAGCCAAAUUGCGCACCUCCAGCAUGCGCUGCCCGAGAUCAUGCGCCAGGUGAACGCGGUGACGCGCACGUUGGGCGCGGAUGCGCUUGUCGUCGACGAUGUGGCGCCGGCGCCUCUGAGCGUCGCGGUGCCGCCGCCGACGCUGACGAUCCCGGCCGCACCGAGCAGCCCGAAGAUUGCAAUGCCGCCGCCGACCGCGUCGUCGCCCGCAAUCAUGGACGUGGGCCACAUCUUUGGCGACGAGAGCUUGGCGGAUGAGAGCGCGCUCGUGACGGAGCCCGAGCAAGGCAUUGUGGACCGGCUGCACUUUAUCGUCAACAACAUGAGCAUCUCGACGCUCGAGGCCAAACUGCCGGAGGUGCGCCAUCUGCUGUCGCCCGAGUACUACACGUGGUUUGCGCAGUACCUCGUGUCGAAGCGCAUUGCGACGCAGCCGAAUUACCACGCUGUGUACCUGAUCUUCAUGGAGAAGGUGCACGCGCCGGCGCUCGAAGCGGCGAUCUUCAAGACGUGCCUCCAGCAAGUGCGCACGCUCUUGACGUCCGGCACGAUCACGACCAACUCGCAGCAGCGCACGCUACUCAAGAACCUCGGCUCGUGGAUGGGGCUCAUGACGCUCGGCCGCAACAAGCCGCUCUUGCAGCGCGACGUGGAUCUCAAAGAGCUGCUCUACGUCGGCUACGAGACAGGCCAUCUCAUUGCGGUGACGCCGCUCGUGGCCAAGGUACUUGAAGGCUGCAAGAAGAGCAAGAUCUUCAAGCCGCCGAACCCGUGGAUCAUGGGCCUCAUCCACGCGAUGAGCGAGCUCUACGACGUGCCGGACCUCAAGCUCAACCUCAAAUUUGAGAUUGAGGUGCUCUUCAAGUCGUUCAAGUUGAGCGUCGAAGACCAGCUGAAAGCCAACUUGCUGCACACGCGUGGGGCGCCGCCGCGCACGUGCAACCCCGACUUUAAUAUCAAGGUGGCAAAAGUCACGGCGUCGACGCCGACAGGCCGCACGUCGCCAUUGCAUGCCGUGACGCCCAAGGCGUCGUCGUCGUUGCCCAAGCCCAUGACGCCGACGCCGCUCAAGCCGCCGGCGCUCAAGAGCAAGGAAGCGUACCCGCCGGCCAACAAUGGGUCGGCGACCGUCUCGGAGUCGACGGUGAUUCCCAACUUGGCGUCGUACGUGGCGGUCAACCCGGAUCUGCCCUUGCACCAUGUCAACCUGCGCCGGCUCGUGCCGCUGGCCGUCGACCGCGCGAUCCGCGAGGUCAUUACGCCCGUCGUCGAGCGCAGCGUCACGAUUGCGUGCAUUACGACGCGCGAGGUCAUCCUCAAGGACUUUGCGACCGAGGUCGACGAGGCCAAGAUGCGCAAGGCCGCGCACGUGAUGGUGUCAUCGCUGGCCGGGUCGCUCGCGCUCAUCACGGCCAAAGAUCCGCUUCGAAAUUCGAUUGCGUCGCACUUGCGGUCGCUGUUGCCGACGAGCGACCCGCACCAGGUCGACCACGUUGUCAACGUGUGCUCGACGGAAAACACGGACCUCGGCUGCAUGCUCAUCGAGAAGGCGUCGUCGGAGAAGGCGAUGCGGGACAUUGACGAAGCGCUCGGCGCGGCGUACGCUGCCCGGCGCCGCCACACGCCAAAGCAAGAAGCCGGCAGUCCGCCCGUGGUGUUUGACGGCUCGGUGCCGCCGCCGUCGACGCUGCCGCCGGUGUUCCAGCCGUCGCCGCACGGCAUUUCGCCGCACCAGUGGAUGGUCUACGAGGCGUUUACGCGCAUUCCGCGCCCGACGUCGUUGACGCCGCCGACGUCGCGUCCGGACGCGGCCACGGACGGGCUCUCGGUGCAGCAAGCGCUCGAGCGCUUUGCGGUCUCGAUGGAGAAGUUUGAGGUGUUUGUGCAGCACAUUGUCCGCACGGCGGCGUCGGCCCAGCGUGAGCUCCCGGGUCUCCUCUCGCUGCCGCAAGACAGCGACGUCUUUGGCAUCCUCCGCGACAUUCGUGCGCUCGGCGCCAGCGUCAAGGCGACAGUGCGCGAAGAAGCGUGCCUCAAGAUUGCAAACCGCGUCGUCAAGUGCAUGUACGAGCUCGGCAAGGGCCGCGGCGACGAGCUCUUUCUCGACAUUCUCGUGUCGUGCCUCGACAUGCUCAGCGCAAGCUGCGACGGGCUCAAGAAGGAGGUCGUGCGCUGGAUCCUCAGCAUGGCGGUCGACGACAAGCUCAAGCUCCACUGCGAGAUUAUCAUUGCGCUCGUCCGCCUCAAGGUCGUCGACGUGAGCGAGUUUGACGCGUACCUUACGCGCAACAUGGAGCGCACGGGCCUCGCGAUCGAGUUUGCAGUCUACGUUGUGCGCCAAUGCCUCUUUUUGGACCAUGUGACGCUCAGCAAGCAGCUGCCGCAGACGCUCGAUGCGCUCGAGCGCAUUGUCGAGCGCCACGGCGCGCACGCAGCGACCAACAAGAACAUAAUGAUUCUCUCGAAUCUGCUCGAAGAAGCCAAGAAGCCCAAGGUGGCGACGCCGUCGACGCCGCCAAAAGCCAAGUCGCCGACGCCGACGAUGGACCCGGCGACGUUCCGCCACACGGUGAGCAACGCCAUGGAGCACUGGGUGGCGCUCGUCAACGACCCGGCCAACAACCACAGCAAGAUGCACAUGCAGUUUGUCGCGAUGCUCAAGCAGCACGGGCUCCUCAAGGACGAGGAGAGCAUGGGCGCGUUCUUCAAGGGCGCGAUUGAGAUUUGCGUCGACGUGUGCCUCAAGGGCUCGUACCAAAAGCCGCCGGCGGCGACCAAGGUCCCGCUUCAGUACAACGUGGUCGAUGCGUGCACGCAGCUCAUCGUGUUCCUCGUCAAGUACCUCGACGCGAACGCGACGAUGAAGCUGACCGUGCUCUCGCUGGCCGUGAGUGCGAUCGUGUCGUCGGUCAUUUCCGCCCACGACGCGGCCGUCAAGACAAACGCGCUCUUUGACCAGCGCGUGUACUUUCGCUUCUUUGCGAAUCUGCUCAAGGAGCUCACGAUGCAAGAGCCGAUGCUCGACGCGAUCCACCUGCAGGUCCUCAACACGUUUGCGGGCGCGUUCAACCAGCUGCAGCCCAUGUCGGUGCCCGGCUUUUGCUUUGCGUGGACCGAGCUCAUUAGCCACCGGUGCUUUAUGCCGAUGCUGCUCCGCGCCAAGCAGCAGCGCGGGUGGCAGAUUCUGCACCGCCUGCUCAUGAGCUUGCUCGUGUUUAUGGAGCCGUUCUUGCGCCACAUGCCGCCGCCUGCGUCCGUCGGCGCCUUGUACAAGGGCACGGUCCGCGUCGUCUUGGUCUUGCUGCACGACUACCCCGACUUUUUGGCCGAGUUUUACACGAGCUUUUGCGACGUGCUCCCGGCCGCGUGCAUCCAGCUGCGCAAUGUGAUUCUGUCGGCGUUUUCACGCUCGAUGCGCUUGCCCGACCCGCUCACGCCCGGCCUCCAAGUCGCGCAGCUCCCAGAAGUCAACGUGUCGCCGCGGCUCAUGCCCAACUGGAGCGCGGCGCUCGCGCACAACCAGCUCAAGGAGUAUCUCGACGCGUUCCUCUUUGCGACCUCGAACCGCGCGGCCGUAUUCCCGCACGACCUCAUUGGGAAGCUCUUGCGGGCGCCCAGCGCCGGCGUCGACGUCGAGUCCAAGUACAUGCUGCCGGCGCUCAACGCGGUCGUGCUGUACCUCGGGAAGGAGGCGAUCGCCGAGAUGGCGGCGGCCGAGAAGACUGCGGUUUCGUUUGAGCAGUCGGCCAUGAUGGACGUCUUGCGGUUUUUGGCCGACGAGCUCGACGUCGAGGGGCGGUACUAUUACUUUAGCGCGAUGGCCAACCACCUCCGGUUCCCCAACAGCCACACGCACUACUUUAGCUGCGUGCUGCUCUACCUCUUCUCGCACGCCAAGGCGCCCAGCGUCAAGGAGCAGAUCACGCGCGUAUUGCUCGAGCGGCUGAUUGCGAACCGGCCGCACCCGUGGGGCCUCCUCGUGACGUUUAUCGAGCUCAUCCGGAACCCGAGCUACAAGUUUUGGGACCAAGAGUACCUCCACUGCUCGAGCGAGAUCCGCGACGUCUUUGACGAUGUCGCGCGCACGUGCAUGGGCUCGGUGCCAUUUCCCCGCCGCACGGACGAGUAGGCCCGAUCCCGCCAUUUUCAUGUAAAAAAUAUAUCUUUACUCAAGAUAUAUUGUCUGGUGGGGACGUUAAGGACUAUGCCCGCGAUCUAGUCGACUCGUCGAACGAGAA